AUAUGCCUGUGAUACUAACUGAAUAAAACAUGCAGUUGACAAUGAUGUGUAGUGCCCAUAAUAUGUAAUCUCUUGCCAAAAAUCACUUGCACUAAUACUGGGCUACACUGAGUCCGCGACACAGUCGCGGCUGCUUCGCGCUGUAAACGCCAUCUUGUAUUAGGGAUCUUUGCGUAAGAGGUUGUACCUUGCGUUGCCUUUUCUCGUGGGGUUUUACUGCGGUCAUCGGGUAUGGGGAGGGUACAGAGAAGUGUUAUGUCCAAGAUGGGGCAAUAUGAGUAACGUAUUUCUUAUUUGUAUAUUUCUCUGAAUUGCAAAUUUCUUGUGUUGUUAAAGGACACUAUGUAGAAGUGUGGCAAAAUAGUGUCUGCUUUUUGCUGUGGUUUUGGCUGCCGUUUCUAAGGAUUUGGGUGAGAGACGCUUUAUGUUCAGUGAGGAUGCCUCUAGGAAGAACCUGUUAUGAAGUGAAGAUUCAUGGAUAUAGAUGGCAGGUUUUUCGAGACCUGUGUGUUUAGUCGAUGGGAAAGGAUGAAGCGUUUUUGGAUUAUUUACAGCACCUUUUAUCGGAGGGAAUGGAAUGCUGCCUCCUCUUGUUGUAAAAGUCAUUUCUCAACUUAAGGGAGAAGUUGCACUGUGAUUGUUGUGGCCAGCAGUUGGUUCCGUGGAACUUUUAUUUGUUGAAGGCCAUUCACUGUGCCUGGUAUGGAACAUAGAACCACCACUGUUUUUGGAUCUGCAUCUGAUUCUGAGAAGGGUUUAAUAAAAAGUCUUACAGUUGCAAGUAGCACGUUGAAUACUAUUGGAGAUAAGGAGUUGAACAGUGGCACAAAGGAGGAAGAGGAUGGUGUGGCUCAAAGACGAGAGAAGGAGUGUGGCAAACCUGAAUUUAACUGUGAUACAACUGAUGCUAGGUGUGAGCACAGUGCAGCAAAUGAUGAGCAUCAGUUUUCUGUCAAGGAGACUAAUUUUUCUGAAGGUAACUUGAAACUGAAAAUAGGGCUUCAGGCCAAAAGAACUAAGAAACCACCAAAGAGCCUUGAGAAUUUUGUUUGUAGGCCUGCCAUAAAAACAAUGAAGCAUUCAAGGAAAAUCCCAAGGAGUGGGAAGUUGGAUACUGAAAAAGAACACUUUCCUAAAAAUCAGGACACUGUGAGUCAGUACAAGAAACCAGAAGAAGCUCAGAAGCCAGAUUGUAGUCGUAAGGAGCCAGUCAUACAUCAUUGUUCAGUAGUAAAACACACAGGAAAAUACAUUUCACCAUUAAGCUCUGGAAAGGCAGAGUUCUUUACAUCUUCUGAUUCUGAAAGUGUACGAGAUGUUGAUGCAAAGGAAAGAGGAUUGCUGAAUGGUGCGAAAGUAACAGAAAAGUUGGCACAGCUUAUAGGAACUUGUCCACCUUCAAAGUCUUCCAAAAAUAAGGUUAAGAAACAUUUACUCAGCUCUGGAACUGGUGCAGUCUGUAGAGACUUAAACAUACAGAAAUCAGACCAAGUUAUUUCAGUCAUUGAGUAUGUGCCACAUGCUAACUUUUCAGAGCUUCAGAAAAUGAAUGUUGGAGUCCAUGAGAAGCUUGAACCGUUAAAAGACAGUGUACAUUGUAAAACAACUGAAAAUGAUGCAAGGCAAAAGAAAGACAGUGUUUUAGAAAAAUUUUCAGUAAGGAAAGAUGGUUCUGUUUUUGAUGGAAGCAAAACUGGUGAUAUCCUGUCUGUUCAGCAGGAUAAGCACUCACUUAGUGAAAAGGUUACCUGCGAUGCAUCUAAACAGCCUUCAUUAGUCUGCACUACUUCAGAAAGUGUUAGUGUAUUGGGUGCAUCUGUUGCAAUGACUGGAAGGUCUGUUUUUGGUACUUUACAGGAGGGGAAGCACCCUUCACCACUUCUUUCUUCAUCUGUUAGCAUGUUAAAGAGAAACACAAUUGUUGGCCCCCAGUGCACUCCAAGCCCAUUUCAUACAACUGCAGCAUGUGAACCAAUUGUGAAGGUUCUUGAAGUGACUAGCAAGAGCCAAGCUGUUUCUCUGAAUUCAGAUUUCAGUUUUGUUCAAAGUUCUGUCAGUCAUGCAACAAAUAGCGGUACUUCAGCUAUUGAAAACAAAGAUGGAAGCCCUUCUGAAGUACAGAUAAACACAGUACAGAGUAGUCCGUGUACAGCUGGGUCUCACAUAUCAGGAAAAAGUUUCACAACUUUGUCAAGUACUUGCAGUACAAGUGACACCACAGUAGUCAACUUUACCACUUUAAUAAACAAUAAACCUUUACUUACUUCUGAUACUGCUGUGUUCAUGUCACACAAGCAGCAGCAGGAGGAAAGUCUAGAUCUCAGUACUAACCACCAUUCAAAACCACUGAAAAAGAGAAAGGGGAGAAAACCAAGAUGGACUAAAUUAGUAACACACAGUACUUCUCAGGCUGUAAAAGAAACAGAGUCCACUGGGGGCCCUGAAUUGCCAGAACUUCAGUCUUUUAAUUCCCAUCCCCAUGUUAAUACUAGUAUAAAUGCGACCAUAAAGAAUGUUGACAAUUCUUCACAUGUAGAGAAUAACAUAGAAAAUUCUCCGUUGCCUGCAUUGAGCAUAUCUGAUGUAGUGCAACUUUCAUCAGAAAAAGACAAUGCCGAACAGCCUUCUGUGCCUCCUAACAUGCAUAAGUUGUGUGGUAAUUCAGACAAUAUAUUAGACUUGUGUAAACCUAAGAGAGGAAGGCCUAAAACCAAGGAGAUGCCUCGGUUAGUUGGACAUCCUAAAAGAGUUCUCAAAAUCCCAACAUCUAAAGUUUUUUCAGCCAUGUCUAAAGAUGAGCCAGAGCCUCCAGUGUUACAACCAGAAAUAGAUAUAUCCUCAAAAAAAUUAAUAGCAGAACUGCCUCUUCCAAAACGGAGAGGCAGACCUAAAGGUCAUGGCAAGUCAGUAGCGGCAACAAAACCUCCAACAUUGUCCAUGGCACCACUGUCUGUAACUGCUGAUAGCACGAGUAUGGUUCAGGUUGAAAGUGUGCAGCAAAAAAAUCUGGAUCCUUCUGAACAGAAAGAACAGACUGUAUGUGCAGACACUUCCCCAGGGUUAGGCAGCAGCGAUGCUGUUACAGAGGGCAACACUGAUGAAGCAUCAACUAGAAAGGGGAAUGGACAGUUAAUGAAAAACAUUAUUCGAAAAAUCAACAAAAUGAAGACAUUGAAAAGGAAAAAACUUCUAAACCAAAUUCUUUCUAGUACAACUGAAUCUAAAAACAAAGUCAGACAGCACUCUAAAAUUAGUGGUACUGUAUCUACUCUUGCUGCUACUUUCACUUCAAAGUUAGGUCAGCAAAUAAAUGUCAGCAAAAAAGGAACAAUUUAUAUUGGAAAAAGAAGAGGCAGAAAGCCUAAAGUUAUAGCUGACAGCAGUUUUAGUUCCAGUAGUGCUGUAGUAGCAAGUAGUACAGACAGGUCAGUGCAGCAUACACCCCUUAGCCAAGGUUUGCCUUCUUUGAUCCCCUCUGCAGUUAAUGUUCCUGAGGUCCUUCCAUCACCGGCUUGUUCUCAGUCAUCAGGGAUAAGUGGUGGUCAGAGCCCAGUUAGUAGUGAUGCAGGAUUUAUUGAACCCAGUCCAAUGCCGAAUUUACACAUUGGGUCUAAGCAGACCAGUACAGUUCAUACUCUGGCUUUGAAGAAGGCUGCUAAAAGUAGGAGACAGCUGUCUCCCCCAACUUUGCUGCCAAAUUCGCCAUCUCAUUUAAGUGAACUUGCAUCCCUAAAGGAGGCUACUCCUUCACCCAUUAGUGAGUCCCACAGUGAUGAAACAGUUCCCAGCGACAGUGGGAUUGGAACAGACAACAACAGUACGUCAGACAGAGCAGAGACGUUUUGUGGACAGAAAAAAAGAAGGCACACAUUUGAACACAUCAACCUUGUAGCUCAAGAACCCUCUCCUGUGUUGAGUAGCCUCUUAGAAAAACACAAACACAAAUGUAAACGUAGAACAUUUGACUAUUUAAGUUAUGAAAAAUUGAAAAGACAGAAACGAAAACGGAAGAAGAAAUACUUGCAGCUCAGAAGUAGACAGGACCCAGAUUUUCUUGCAGAGUUGGAAGAAUUGAUUAGUCGGUUAAGUGAAGUUAGAAUAACCCACAGAAGCCACCACUAUAUCCCAAGGGAUCUUCUGCCUACCAUUUUUAGAAUUAACUUCAGUAGCUUCUACACCCAUCCUAGUUUUCCUUUAGAUCCUUUGCACUACAUUCGAAAACCUGACCUUAAAAAGAAGCGUGGCAGGCCACCAAAAAUACGAGAGUCCAUGGCAGAAGUGCCUUUCAUGCACAGCCUAGGAUUCCCACUUCAGAGUACUGGAUUUUACCCAUCCUAUGGCAUGCCUUACUCACCUUCUCCACUUACAGCUACCCCGCUAGGACUUGGGUAUUAUGGAAGGUACCCACCUACUAUCUACCCUCCUCCUCCAUCACCCUCAUUUACCACUCCACUACCGCCACCUUCUUAUAUGCAUACUGGACAUCUACUCCUUAAUCCUGCCAAAUACCACAAGAAGAAACAUAAGCACCUAAGGCAGGAAGCUUUUUUAAGUACCAGCAGGACUCCACUUUUGUCUGUGGGUAGCUACCCUGGUGUGCCACCGGAAAUGGCCUAUGGCUGGAUGCUGGAACAUAAGCAUAGGCACAGGCACAAACACAGAGAGCAUCGGUCUUCAGACUCUCCACAGGUAUCUGUGGAUUCUGCUGGCAGUUCCUUAAGAACUAGUCUAGAAUCACUGAAGCGUUACAGGUUUGGUAAAGAUAUUGCUGGAGAAAGGCACAAACAUAAAGACAAGCACCGAUGCCAUAUAUCUUGUUCCCAUUUAUCUUCUUCAAAAGGAUUGUUGAGCAGAGAUGAACACUGGACAAGAAGAGACUCUUCCGAGUCAAGUACAUCCGGUUUAGGAAUGCAGACUCCACUGCAUAUAGACUGCUGCAGCAGUUCACCUGGAUUAUCCCUUGGAGGUUUUUCACCAAAUUCUGAGCCAGCAUGCGGUGAGGAGCACACCAAUCUGUUUACAAGUGCAAUAGGCAGCUGUAAAGCAACUAAAUCUACAAGCUUCUCCAGUCGACGGAAGUUGUCUGAUGGACCCUUUACUGCACAGGAAAAUUCUCUAAGCAGGUCUUUGAGAAGAGAGCGGCCAUCAUCUAGUGAAAGAGCCCAACACACAGUGCAAGGUACUUCAUCUGUACAAGAUAAACAAACUUCACAGAGGCAGACAGACAGUAUAAGCUAUAGUCCUGCAAGACGGAGAACCACAUCAGAGAGCUCUUUCUCCACAGGAACUGGAGUAACAACUCGUGGUACGAAGCUGGGUGGAACGGUGACUGAAACAGGAGAGAAUGCUGUAUACCGCAUGACACAGACUGAAGCUCAGGCAGCUAUAGAUAAAACAAUAGAAGCAGUGAUUGCAAAUGUCUCUCUCUCUACUGCUUCCCCCUCCGUUAGUCCUGGUAGGAGUCUGUGUAGGGACAAGUUACAGGGUAAACAAGAUGCUCAUUCAGUAAUGACCAUCUCAACAGAGACUUCCACAAAUAGUUCCCCUCCGUUGUCAAACAAAGUGGUUCAUUCUGACUCUUUUCUCUCAUGCCAGUGGAGUGUGAUAGAAGCUAUGCAACGACAGGCCAGGACAUUAUGCAGUUAUGACAAGAUUCUAGCAACAAAGAAAAAUUUAGAUCAUGUCAAUAAAAUACUGAAAGCCAAGAAGCUACAGAGGCAGUCACGUACUGGUAAUAAUUUUGUAAAGCGACGGCCAGGUAGGCCUCGGAAGCAUACUCUACAGUCUGGGCUUUCUUCACAGACUUUACAGGCUGUCCUGCAAAGUAGGCACCUUGGAAAAGAUUUGAACAGCUUUCACACUGGUGCCAAGUCAGAUACUGUUACUGAUGUGAUAGAGUCAGUUGUACAGAGUGCAAAUCCCAGUUUGGACCUUAAAAGGGGUAUCAAGAGAAGAAGAUGUCUUGAAGAGAAUCUAAUGAUGAGAUCAAAGAGUUCACUGGAUGAGAAUAAGAGCUGUUCAGAAACUACAGAAAACUGCCCUUCUCUUAAUGAGAAUUCUGUCAGGGUUUCAGAGGCUGAUGUGAUGCAAGCACCAUCUUAUGUGCAACGGGAGAAGAAAACCCCACGACCUCCAAAAAAGAAGUAUCAGAAGGCUGGAUUAUUCUCUGAUGUAUAUAAAACAGAAGAUCCAAGGAGUCGGCUGAUAAUGUUGAAGAAAGAAAAACUUGAGUAUACUCCGGGAGAGCACGAAUAUGGAUUGCUUCCUGCUCCUAUUCAUGUUGGGAAGUACUUGAGGCAGAAGCGAAUCGACUUUCAGCUUCCAUAUGAUAUCCUGUGGCAGUGGAAACAUGAUCAGUUGUAUAAAAAACCUGAUGUUCCACUUUAUAAGAAGAUCAGAUCAAAUGUGUAUGUAGACGUAAAACCUUUCUCUGGGUAUGAAGCAACCACUUGCAACUGUAAAAAACCAGAAGACAGCAAAGAGAAAGGAUGUGUAGAGGAUUGUCUAAACCGAAUGAUCUUUGCAGAGUGCUCCCCAAACACAUGCCCCUGUGGUGAGUAUUGCUAUAAUCAGAGAAUUCAGAGACAUGAAUGGGUACAGUGCCUGGAGAGAUUCCGAGCGGAAGGAAAAGGAUGGGGUAUCCGCACUAAGGAAACGCUGAAAGCAGGGCAGUUCAUCAUUGAAUAUCUGGGAGAAGUUGUCAGUGAACAAGAAUUCAGGAAUCGAAUGAUAGAACAGUACCACAACCACAGUGAUCAUUACUGCUUGAAUUUGGACAGUGGAAUGGUGAUCGACAGCUAUCGCAUGGGAAACGAAGCCAGAUUCAUUAACCAUAGCUGCAACCCAAACUGUGAAAUGCAAAAGUGGUCUGUAAAUGGUGUUUAUCGAAUAGGACUGUAUGCUCUUAAGGACAUACCUGCAGGAACAGAGCUUACCUAUGAUUACAACUUCCACUCGUUCAAUACAGAGAAACAGCAAAUCUGCAAGUGCGGUUCAGAAAAAUGUCGUGGCAUAAUUGGUGGAAAAAGUCAGCGGGUUAAUGGAUUGCCAAAUAAAAGCAACCAGCCAUCUAAUGCACUCAGGAGGCCAGGUAGAUCAAAGGAGAAAAGAAAGUCAAAACACCGAUUAAAGAAACGAAGAGGAUACAUGCCAGAGGAGUCACAAGAGAGUCUGAACACACCAACCCGACUUAUCCCUCAUCUACAGAUGAAACCCAUGUCUAAUAGGGAAAGGAAUUUUGUCCUGAAACAUCACGUGUUUCUCGUAAGGAACUGGGAGAAGAUACGUCAGAAACAGGAAGAAGCAAAGCAUGCUAAGGACAACAUAUCCUUGCCAUCUUAUCGAUGGAAUGGUAUUUGCAAAGAAGAUGUUACCAUCAAAUCUGAUUUUCAGCACAGUCUCUUGGGGAUCCCAACUCAUGAACAAGAUGUUUUCAUGACACAGUUUGCAGCAUUACAGACUUCACGGUCUGUCAAGACAAGACGAUUAGCAGCAGCAGAGGAGAAUGUUGAAGUGGCACGGGCUGCCCGUCUUGCACAAAUCUUCAAGGAGAUCUGUGACACAAUAAUUUCAUUAAAAGAUUCAUCAAACCACGCAUUAUCAAUUCCUCUUCUUAGUCUCCCUCCCAGAAAGAAGAAUCCUGAAUACUAUGAAAAGAUUACAGACCCACUUGAUUUAAUUACCAUUGAGAAACAGAUUCUGAUUGGUCACUAUAAAACCGUAGAAGCCUUUGACACAGAUAUGCUGAAAGUCUUCAGAAAUGCUGAGAAAUUUUAUGGUAGAAAAUCUCCAAUUGGUCGUGAUGUUUGCCGGUUAAGAAAAGCAUAUUAUAAUGCCCGUCAUGAAUCCUCUGCACAGAUUGAUGAAAUUGUUGGAGAAAUGGCUAGUGAGGCUGAUAGCAGUGAAACUUCUGUUUGUGAGAAAGAACAUGGACAUGAUAAGGAUGAUGAUGUUAUCCGCUGUAUCUGUGGCCUAUACAAGGAUGAAGGACUCAUGAUUCAGUGUGAAAAGUGUAUGGUUUGGCAACAUUGUGAUUGUAUGGGAGUAAAUUCUGAUGUGGAGCAUUAUUUGUGUGAACAGUGUGAUGUGCGGCCAGUGGAUAAGGAAGUUCCCAUGAUUCCUCCUCCCCAUUAUACCCAGCCUGGUUGUGUUUACUAUAUCUGUUUACUCCGAGAUGAACUUCUGCUGCGACAAGGAGACUGUGUAUAUUUAAUGAGAGACAGCCGAAGAACUCCUGAUGGGCAGCCAGUCCGCCAGUCCUACAGAUUGUUGUCUCAUAUCAAUAGGGAAAAACUUGACAUCUUCCGUAUUGAAAAGCUGUGGAAAAAUGAAAGAGGAGAACGAUUUGCAUUUGGUCACCAUUACUUUCGCCCUCAUGAAACGCAUCACUCCCCUUCAAGGAAGUUUUACCACAAUGAACUGUUCAGAGUACCGCUUUAUGAAAUAAUCCCCCUAGAAGCUGUAGUGGGAACCUGUUGUGUGCUUGACCUGUAUACAUAUUGCAAAGGGAGGCCAAAGAAUGUGAAGGAACAAGAUGUGUAUAUUUGUGAUUAUCGAUUGGACAAGUCAGCACAUCUUUUCUACAAGAUCCAUCGUAAUAGGUAUCCUGUAUGUACCAAACCUUAUGCCUUUGAUCACUUUCCAAAAAGGCUAACACCCAAAAGGGACUUCUCGCCUCAUUAUGUGCCAGACAACUAUAAACGAAAUGGAGGAAGGUCUUCUUGGAAGUCUGAUCGCUCAAAGCUUCAGAGUAGAGAAGGAAGUCAAGAGGAGGAUCCUCCUCCUGUUAUUGAGGAUAUGUCAGUUGUCCAACAGCAAUCCAUUAGUGAGAUGCCAAAUUUGGAAGCGCCAGAGGUGGAAAAUAAUAACAGCAUCAACAAUGAGAAUGAAGAUGAGGGCAGUACUAAUAAACAAGUAUGCCCUCUUGAGGAAAGGAGGCAAGACAGACGAGAUCGACUCAACAAAGUCUUGCUAAGACUUCUUGAGAAAAUCCCAGGAAAAAAUGCAAUUGAUGUUACAUACCUGUUGGAAGAAGGUUCAGGAAGAAAGCUACGAACACGUACACUUACACUUGCAGAGAGCAGCUUCAGAAAGUGAAAAAGUGAAAUCAGAGCAUAAAACUCGAGUUCAUCACACCUGUAUGACUGACUGUCAGAAGUGUAGGGCAGAUGAAAUCCCAACCUUGUCUGUAUUGAGUAAAGGUGGGACAGUACAGCAGAAGAAAACUGACAAAAUAUUUUCAAACGGUUAGCACUCAGCUAAGAUGGAGAGCUGUUCUCUCUUGGUCUGAAGUGCUGUAAUGGUGUGUGUAUUUGUAUGUAGGGUGUGCCUUGUAUUGGUGUUAGGUACUGAGAAAUGGUUAUUUGUCCAAGACUGUCACAUUUAAUUUAUUUUUGUUGGCUCUCCCCCACUUAAAAAAUGGGGUACAGACUAUAGCUGAUAUUGAUUCUAUGAGGAAAAUUUUUUAAGACUACAGACUAAUUGUGAUGCAGAUGUACAACGUUUUGCCAUUGACUUACAAAAAGUCAGAAAAUGUACAGAAUGGCAUCAAAAUCUUAAGAAAGGGCUUUAAGGUAGUUGGCCCAGAUUUGCACAACAUAUGUAACAGAAAGGGAGAUGCUUCAACUGCCUUUUGUUCAGAGCACGUUUUCCAUCAGAAUAUGCAGCAAAACAUCCAUUUACAUGCAAAAUAAAAAUAUCAAGGUCAUUUUUAAGGCACACGUCUUAAACCUGGACCCUGGGACACUUUGGAAGGGAGGGAUGAGUGGGUUUGGUUUCUUUUUCUUUUCUUCCUCCAAAUAAUCAUGUUCUUCUAUAUCCUCAAUACGCCAUUGCUGCUGUUUUAAAAUGCUGUGGUUCUUGUGUGUUCCGUGUGCUGUGCAGAAACAUAAUGUACGGAUUCACUACAUAUGAGUCGAGCAGUAUUCAUAAUAAAAAAAUGAGUAUUUGUUGUGGAAAAUAGAUUAUAAAUUGAUAUACACUACUUUUGUGUUCUAACUGUACAGCCUAGAAGUUCCAUCCAUUAAAGUGACAGUGUAUAUUUUUUUCUGUUUGUGACUUACAACAAGCAGUUCCAUGGAAUAACAUUUAGAUGCCCCAGAGCAGCAACUGUCAUUGUAAACUGGACAGAUGAACUGUUUUAAGUUUUAUUUCUUAUACAUUUAUGUCAUGAUACUAGUCAUUGUACAGCUUUGCCUCUCUGGCGCUUACGCUUGCAAUUUGAGGUAGACAGAAAUGCACCAUACAGGGGAAACAAACAUAUUUACUGGGAGUUUUGCUAAAAAGAUGACGCCUAAAAAAUAUGCACUGUCCCUUUCAAACAGCUUUGCUUUUUUAAACGUACAUAUGCAUAUGCAGUCCUGUUUUAGAUGUUCUAAAAAGAAAGGUUUAUAAUAAUGUGCCAAGUUGUAUAUAUAUAUAUAAAUAUAUAUAUUUGCUGCGUGGAUGUAAAGCAAUACUUGCAGUUACAUGUUCCUUUUUAUUGGACCAAUAUCUGUCCUAAUGUAUAUGAUUAUUUUAAUCCGUAGUGGAACAUGUUUCAUUCCAUUAACUUUUAUGUCACAGUUUAAAAAAGGAAAAGGAAAACCCUUUGGAAAAAACAUAUUUUAUUAAAAACAAAGAAAGUUGUUUGGACUAUUUUCUUAUUGUAGAGAAACACUGUACAGUACAAAGAACCCCAGGAGUAUGAAAUACUCUCAGUGCAUUGUAAAAGAAAAAAAUGCAUGUCCAGAAUCAUAUUUAGUUGUCUCUUUUAGGGAAAAUGUUGUCUUUAAAUAGUGUUAAACACUAAAUACUUUUUAAAGAAAAAAUAAAUAAUAAAAGUGACACUAGUUCUGUCAUUUUAUCUUUCUUUUGUUGAAAGACUAAAAACAAACAAAAAUCAUGUUUUUUAGACAAUCAGGUGUUAGGUAAACACAAUUUUUCUUACCAAUGUAGAAAGUAAUGACCUUUUUUAUUUUUUAUUUUUGGUUAUUUUGUAACAAAACAAUGUGUCACAAAAUUGCUGUUUUAAGAAAAGAAGGCACUACAUUACUGCAAAUAGAUAAGAAAUAUUAGUCUGCAUGGGUGUAGGCUGUGUGAUUGUUUGCUGAAAAUAAAGCUGCUAAUAUAUUUCCUUUUUACAAAAGCAUAUCUAAAUAGAUGAUUGUUUUGACGUUAAUCUUUGUAAAUUAUGUAUUACAAAUUUUAACAUUGGAUGUAAUUGCAUAAAAAAGCUUGCAUCUCCACCACGAGGAGGUCUAGUAUUAAAUGGAGAAACUUUUUUUUUUCCUA